AUGACUCUAAGCUGUCGAGCCCAAGCUUUCUCCGUGGAAAACCUCCUAAGAAUGGAAACAUCAACAGUAGCAAACUCUUCGUCGCCACAACCACGCCCCUUAACACUACAACGACAGUUUCCCAAACUCCAGGCUCACAGCUGGACAACAAAUUCAAGACCUCUGACUACUCCCGAGUUUCUAAUUACCAGCACCCACAACAAUACAAGUCACGUCUUAAAUUCCAACGCCUUCGAAAAUUCCACAAACACAUUUUUGCUCCAUCAUGAUCUGUCGGACUCUUCCAUUGUGGUUGAACUUUGCCACUCUGACCUCUGGACUUCGUUCCACAGACUUGGCACUGAGAUGAUUAUCACAAAGUCUGGACGUCGUAUGUUUCCAGCGCUGAAGAUGCGAAUUAAUAAUCUGAAUCCAGACAAACAUUACAUUGUCCGACUAGAGUUUCUUCAACCGGACACCAGGAAAUACAGAUAUAUCUACCACAGUUCUCGUUGGAUGGUAUCUGGGUCUGGUGACAAGUUAACUACACCCCAGUUACACGUUAGCCCAGAGAGACCAGCUAGUGGUCAAGCUAUCUGCUCACAGACUGUGUCAUUUGAGAGACUGAAACUGACCAACGCCGAGCCAUCCAGGACUGGACAAGUUUCGCUAAUUUCCAUGCAAAAGUUCCAACCACAAGUUGUCAUUCAAGAAGUUUAUAAUACCGACUGUAGUGACGUGGAGCACAGUGAGCAGUACGUCAUCACGUUUCCACAAACGUCUUUUAUGGCUGUCACGGCAUAUCAAAACCAACAGGUGACUACAUUGAAAAUCGCGAGCAACCCCUUUGCCAAGGGUUUCCGAGAGUCUGGGAAGGCCAGAAUACCGUUCGAGUCAUUUGUGACUGGCUUGCCAAAUUUAUUGACUUACAACUCGUCAGCGAGUUAUCUUCCAGGACUAAUAAAACCUUCAACAUGGCCUUGCUGCUUCCAGCAAGAUUUGAACUCAAACUUUAUUAAUGAAAGCUGUGAUACACAUUCUAGUGUGAGUACCUGUGAAGAUCACCGUGCCAAACUGUUCAAAACAGAGGUCAAAAACUGCAAAACAAACUGCCUGAACUUUGACAUGAAGAGAGAUAAUUCCUCUGUGCAUGAAGUACGGUACAAAUCACAGGAAACGAUAGCCGACCAUCACCUGUUACCACAUUCACUUCAUCUACAGCAACGUCAAGAAGAAGAUCUAAAACAGCAGCUGCAGCGUCAACAGCGUCUUUCAACACAACACUUCAAAAUGCAAGCAUUGUUUCAUCCUUUACCUGUUAAUGUAGAGUUACUACGACAUAUUCCAGUGCCAACAAUUGAUAUACUGACCCAUGAAGACCCUUCCCAAUUCAUACCCAUACAAAAGAAGGUGUUAGCUUUGCCUCGAUCUGAACAUAUCAAGUCAGAACAUCCGUUUAACCAACUCUCUGAUGUUUAUAUCAAGCCAACAAAUUCGUCAACUGCCAAUAGUCUUUCGUGA